AUGUACUUCCUGCGUACAUCUAAACACAUUGACCCUUCUAAAUUGGCCGAAUUUGACGGAGCCCUGCGCACCGCCCUGUCGUCGAUUUGCAAUGUUCAAGCGCCCGGAUGGAUGCACACUAAUACCUUGAGAGCCGGCAGAUGUUUGGCGUGGGAUGUUACGGUCCCUGGCACCCUUGCCGAACGAUAUGUAAACCUGACAAGUAAAGAAUGCGGUUUGGCCGCGGCCAGGGCAGCGGACGAGAAAAUGAAAAAAUAUAGGAACGCCCUCCCCUCGAUGGAAUUCUUGUCAAUAUGUAUCGAGGUUCUCGGCCCGAUGGACCUCAAUACCAUUAAAUUUCUUAAGGCAAUAUGUCAGAUCAGGAUGAGCAUAUACAGGGAUUUCUAUGAAAUCGAACCCAGACACUGCGACACAGGAAGAGGCGUCUCUAACCACGACGCCAUCUCGCAAUAA